AUGUGCGUGUGUCGAGUCCUGUCGUGCUCUCACUGCCCCUCGCCUGAGGUGAUCUCGCCGCCUCUGCAGUGCAGUGGUGCGUCUUUUGAGUUGACUCAACAGUCACCUCUCACUGCCCCUCGCCGCCUCUGCAGUGCAGUGUGCAGUGGUGCGUCUUUUGAGUUGACUCAACAGUCACCUCUCACUGCCCCUCGCCGCCUCUGCAGUGCAGUGUGCAGUGGUGCGUCUUUUGAGUUGACUCAACAGUCACCUCUCACUGCCCCUCGCCGCCUCUGCAGUGCAGUGUGCAGUGGUGCGUCUUUUGAGUUGACUCAACAGUCACCUCUCACUGCCCCUCGCCGCCUCUGCAGUGCAGUGGUGUUUUUCAUCAACCAUCGGUACGACGGCUUUCCUCUCUGGCAGCUGCGCGGCGUGCCAGGCAUGCACGAGUUCGUGUGGGCUCUAGCGUUCGUCUCCUUCUUCUUCCUCUACCCCUCCACCUUCAACCUGCUGGAGGUGGCGGCGGUUGAUAAGCCCAAGCUGCACAUGUGGGAGACGGGCGUCAUGCGGAUCACCCGCCAUCCUCAGAUGACCGGUCAGCUGCUCUGGUGUGUGGCGCACAUGCUCUGGGUCGGCUCAUCAUUCACAGCAGUCACCUCCCUCGGCCUGCUGGCUCACCACCUGUUUGGCGUGUGGCACGGCGACCAGCGACUGGAGAAGAAGUAUGGAGACGCCUUUGAUGAGGUGCAUAAGCGCACGAGCAUCGUCCCGUUUGCAGCCAUUCUCGACGGCAGGCAACAGCUGCCCGCAGAUUACUACAAGGAGUUUCUCCGCGUGCCGUACCUUGCAAUCACCGCCAUGACUGUUGGCGCGUACUUCUGCCAUCCCCUCAUGAUUCAGGCCAGCUUCUGGCUUCACUGGUAG